AUGAUAGGUAAACUCGCACGCUACCGAGCAUUCAACCGAGCACGCUACGAGCAGUCCUUGUAUGUGGACAGCGCCCUCGAGCUCGCCGAGGAGGUUCCGGCCAUUCUGCGGCAAUUUAGGAAGCGAAAUGCGUGUCUCCUAGCGCGCAAGGCGCAAGGCGCGCAAGCCAUGGACCAGGAGGCCCAGGAUGCCAAGCUGAUUGUACAUCUUUCAGAAGCAUUUAAUAAGGACGAGGUGUGGCAGCUGGCCGCCGCAGAAGCAUGGAGCAAGGCCACGAAUCUGGAACGUGUGCUAAUUCGCGGUAGCACAGAGGCCAAACAGCUGAAGCUCGUGGAUGUGCUUAUCUGUAAAACCUUGGCGGCUGGCCUGAGCCGUACGGAAGUGUUUGAGCACGUGAACAGCACUGCUGCUGGGAUCAUUUCAAGAGGCUGUAGGGCGCGGCGGCAGGGCCGGGCCCCGGGAGCACGGCAGCUGACGGCCUGGCGCUCGUGGGAAGGGAACCGAUCCUCAGGGGGAACGCUUGGGGUUUGGCUGAACACUUAUGGCAUUAAGACGGGUGAGGCCAAUUCGAGGCUCAUCUGCCCCCCGCUACGGAAACAAGAAAAGAAGCGGGGCUUUGUCUGGGGAGUGGAGGCCAUUGCCCGGGGUGCUGGCCUCUAUAUCAGAAGGGCAGCAGAGAGGCCGUCGUGCGGUGGGGCGGGUGGGUCGUUGCUGGGGGCUGCGGGGGGAGCUCCCAUAGAGUGCACCAGCUGUAGGCAGGUUGGGGUGGGUGGGCGGGGUGCUCGCUCGGGCAUGGCACGGCUCGCGGCCGGCUGCUGCUGCACCUGGACGACAGCGGCCGGUUACUUCAUGUGUCUGCACCUUGUGGGCACGACGGGCUACUCUUGUACAGGCCCGCCCGCUUGCAAGCUGCGGCUCCGGCAAGAUGUGCAGAACACGGACCUGUACUUCUUCGAGCCCAUGGACACCAGCUGCGCUGCAGCUAGCGCCACAAGUCCGGGUGUGAGCAGCGGCAGCUUCUUCCUGGACCCCGAAGGCAAGCAGAAAGCUGAGCUAGAGGACUGGCUUGGCCUGGCCAUGGACUUGCAUGGCAAGGGCAAACCCAUCUUGCCGUUGUUUGUCGACGGUCAGGUCAAGAGCGGCAAGUCCUACCUGCUUAAUGAGGUCCUUCCUGCUGUGGCCAACGCCUACUACUGCAGCGGCGGCAGCGGCUGGCAGCAUGCUGGCGUGGAGCUUGCGGAGCCCAACUUCCUGCACGUGAACUGCUUGGACUGCGACUGCAGCAGCGACAGCGGUGGCUUCCUGAAGGAACUCCUCGUCAAGCUCAAGCGGAGUGCAGCCGACCAGCGGCUCUAUGCUGCCGCCAGCACACCUGUGCCCAGCGACCACUCCGCGGGCACCAUGGCUGACGCCAUUCAGGACUUCAUGCGGCGCCUGCCACGGGACCGUCUGAACUUCCUGCUGGUCGACGAGGCGCAGAGCUUCUACCUGAUGGCGCGGCCGGCCGUGUUUGGUGACGGUGUGCUGCGUGGCCCAACCCUGGAUGUCAAGGUGGUGCUGCACAUGCGGCGCAUCCUCAAGGUCCUCCUGGUGGACAGCCCCCACUGGGUCGCCUGGGCCGUCACAGGCAGCUCCAUGGCGAUGCUGUGGGCCAAUGUCGCUGCCACCCCGACCAACGGCUUCUCCCUGAUCAUGCACCACCGCCGACUCAACCUGAGCCCCACAAUGCCCCUGGAAGCACUGCAAGUCGCCUGGGUGCAGCUCAAAGCCCAGGCCAAAACCUGGGAUCCGGUCCGGCCACUGACAGAAGACCUGGCCUGGCAGUCGCCGCCGCAGGUCGCCAUGCUGGCCUACCUGUGCCAGGAGUGGAGGUACAGCUGCACAGCUGGCACAGCCGAGGAGCUGGUGGAGCAGACCAUGAUGCAAAAGCUCAUUCCCGAGGUGCUGGAGGACCUGCGCAUGGUGCUGCAAGUGCUGGGCCAGCCUGCGUCACAGUUGCGACUCCUGUGGGAGCUGCUGGACCCGGCGGCUGGAGUGGAGUCCACCAAGCUCCCAUCGGCGUUCAAGGUGCUGCUGGGCAGCUUUGCUACCACGCGUGAUGAUGGCACGCUCUUCGUGGACUACCCACUGCUUGCUCAGGUGCUCCAGGCCCUGGACCACCGCUGCAACAGCCACAGCAGCAAGGCCAACUUCGAGAAGACGCACCGGGCACAAGCUACCGGGGAUGCCAAGGUUGGGCUGCACUGGUUCCACGCGCUGCUGCGCAACGUCCUCUGCCACGGCUAUAUCUCGGAGCAGCGGCAGACCCUGCAGGCCUACCCGCCGCAGCUGGCCACGCUCCACAGCAGUGGCCGUGUCGGCAAGGUGCUGACCAAAACGUACGACAGCCCACCGCCCGCACGCAGCAAGGCCCUGGUCGUGUCGGCUGCAGCAUCACCCAGGGCGCAGUUGCAGCCGCCUGGCGCAGGGCCCGCCGUGCACCCCAUUGUUUCGCUGCAUUUGGGCAAGUGGCUGGGGUGUGCCUCUGGCGCUGCCGUCAUUCCGCGGCGUUACGUGGGGGGCACUCCCUCGGCACUGGACGACUUUGCUAAGCACAUGCUGCAGCGCGGCUUUGUGCUCUGCCGAAUGGCGGAGGCGGACCUGCAGCAGGUGGUGGACAGCUGCAACGGCCUGCUGCCUCCAGGCACCACGCAGAUGACGCGUAGAACAAGUGUGCGCGUGUUUAUGGUCGCGUUUCCCGGCACCAUCACUGAGCACUGA